AUGAUGAAAAAAGAAGAGUUAUAAUCAAACAAGAUGAAAUUAUCUUCGGGAUUACACAAACUACAUGAAGCAAACAGUAUCAUUAGUGACUUAAAGGUCAAAUUAACUGAAAUGCAACCAAUUUUAAAAUAAAAAACUAUAGAUUAAGAAUAGCUACUCUAAAAGUUAUAAAUUGAUUCUACUGAGGCAAAUAGAGUUAAAUAGUUGGUCUCAGAAGAGGAAAGAUAAGUUAAUGAAUAAGCAUCUCGAAUUAAGGAAACUAAAGCUGAAGCUGAUAAAAUACUGAAUGAAGCUAUUCCGACUCUGAAUGCUGCCACAGAAGCUCUUAAUACUCUUAAUAGAAAUGACAUUUCUGAAAUCAAAAGUAAUAAUAACCCGUAACCAAUUGUACGUUUUACUUUAGAAUGUGUUUCUAUUUUAUUUGAAGAAAAAUUGGAUUGGGAUUCAAUCAAAAAAUUACUGGCUGAUCCUAAUUUCUUAUCAAAAAUGAAAGGGCUGGACGUAGGUAAAAUCAAGCAAACAACUUAAAAUAAGAUCAAAGCCAAAAUAGCUAGUAAUCCAGAAUUUAUUCCAAAUUUAGUUUAAAAAGUGAGUGUGGCUGCAAAGUCUAUUUGUGAGUGGGUUAGGGCUGUGAGUGAGUUUACUGAUGUUAAUAAUGAUGUUGAGAAAAAGAAGAGUCAAGUCGAAGCCAUGAAUUAAUAAUUAGACAAAGCCAAUAAAGUAUUAUUGUAGAAGCAAUCUGAACUGGCUUAAGUGGUUAGAAAGGUUACUGAAUUAGAAAUACAAUUCAAUUAAAAUAAAUAAGAAAAAGAUCGUCUUGAUUAGGAUAUUUAAACUACAGAGUAAAGAUUGAUUAGAGCUGAAGAACUUACAGUUGGUUUGGCAGAUGAAUAAGAAAGAUGGAAAAUUAAAGUUGAAAGUCUUGCUGAGGAAAUAUAAUUACUCUUGGGUAAUGUAUUUUUGGGAGGCUCAACAGUAGCUUACAUGGGACCCUUUACUGGAACCUUUAGAAAUCAAUUAAUUCAAAAUUGGAUGGAAAAGGCUACAGAGUUAACUAUUCCCUUGAGUGAGAAAUACAAUUUUGAAUCAGUCCUAGGAGAUGCUCUUGAAAUUUAAUAAUGGGCAGCAAAUGGAUUGCCCAAUGAUACAGUUUCUAAGUCAAACGGCAUUAUUCAAAAAUAUAGUAGAUCUUAUCCUAUGUUUAUUGAUCCACAACUCUAAGCAAAUACUUGGAUCAAAAAUAGUUAUAGGGAUCAUAAUUUGAAAGUCUUAAAGAUUACAUAAGAGGGACUUAUUAAACAUAUAGAAAUGGCAGUAUAAACAGGAAUUCCUCUGCUCUUAGAAGAUGUUUGGAAUAAUUGGAUUACCUUUUUAGAACCAUUAUUGUUGAAAUAAUUUAAUGUAAUAAAUAGAAGAAAAAUGAUAAAGAUAGGGGAUAGAGAAGUUGAAUUUGAUCCAAAUUUCAAAUUAUUCUUUAGUACAAAAUUAGCAAAUCCUUAAUUUUUACCAGAGAUAUUUAUUAGAGUAACAGUCAUUAAUUUUACUGUCACAGAGUAAGGUUUGGAAGAAUAAUUACUUGGAGAUGUUGUAUAGAUUGAAAAACCAGAGAUGGAAGAAGAGAAGAAAGACUUAAUUAAGAGAAUAUCUACUGGUAACAUGAACUUAAGAAAGAAUGAAGAGAAGAUUUUAAAUUUAUUAGCAAAUUCUAAAGGAAUGAUUUUGGAUAAUGUUGAUUUAAUUGAAAACUUAAAGAUCUCAAAAUAGGAUGCUAUCUAAGUUAAAGAGAGUUUAGUAACUCAAGAAUAGAAAUCAGCUGAAAUCGAAGCAGCCAGAUAACAAUAUUUACCAGUUGCUACUAGAGGUAGUUUGCUUUAUUUUGUCAUUGCAGAUUUCACUUUGGUGGAUCCUAUGUAUUAGUUUUCAUUGAAUUACUUCAAGAGACUAUAUUAGAAUGUGAUUAGAAAUUCAGAGAAGAAUGAUGAUAUAAAAAUACGAAUUAAUACAUUAAUAGAUGGUAUAACUGAAACAAUUUACUCAAAUGUUUGUAGAGGUCUAUUUAAUUAACAUAAAAGAAUCUUUUCAUUCCUAAUGACUGUUAAAAUUCAAUUGAAUGCAAAAUAAAUCAGUUUUGGAGAAUGGAAUCUUUUUGUAAGAGGAGCAAGUUUAUCAGUUUAACCACCAGCUAUGCCAAAUACUGUUAAAUUAAGUCCUAAAAUCUGGAAUGAAUUGUAUUAAUUAACAACAGUUCAUUAAAAUUUCAUACAAAUUUACAACUAGACAUUAACUAAUUUUAAAGAGACUGAACAAUUAAUACAGUCGGAAAAUCCUUGGAGUUUAUUAAGUGAAUAAUUGACUCCUUUCCAAAAAUUAAUGAUAGUGAAAGUGUUAAGAGAAGAAGAAUCUUUGUAUGCGAUGACAUAUUAUGUGGAUGCAAUUUUAGGAAAGAAAUAUACUUCGAAUAAUCAGGCAUCGAUUGAAGACAUCUUUAAUGAUACUGAUCAUAAAACUCCAUUUAUAUUUAUUUUGAGUUAAGGUGCAGAUCCAUUGUCUAGUUUAAUGAGAUUAGCAAAUCAAAAGAAGAUAUCAUCUGAAAAACUUAGAAUAAUAUCACUUGGUUAAGGAUAAGGAAUUAUUGCUGAAAAGGCAAUUGAAAGUGGAGUCAAGAGUGGUGAUUGGGUAAUUCUAUAAAAUUGCCAUCUUGGUAAAUCAUUCAUGCCAACUCUUGAGAAAAGAUUAGAAUGGUUUGAGGAUCCAGAAUUAUAAUCAUCGUUUAACACUGGAUUCAGAUUAAUGUUAACAAUGUUCUUUAGAAUAGUAUUAAAUUAACUACUGAACCUCCUAAAUGGAUUGAAAUCCAAUAUGUUUAAGAGUUAUACUGAUUUAUCUUCAGAAUAAGUUGAAAAUUGCGAAAAAAAGGAGCCAUGGAAAAAAUUACUCUAUUCUCUUGCAUUUUUCCAUGCUGUCGUAUAAGAACGUCGUAAAUUCGGACCUUUGGGUUGGAACAUUAGAUAUGAAUUUAAUGAUUCUGAUCUUGAAACAUCCUACACGCUACUUAGAAAUUUUCUUGAUUUACCUUAGGAUAUACCUUGGGAUGCCAUAGUAUAUGUGAUAGGAGAAAUCACAUAUGGUGGAAGAGUCACGGAUGAUUGGGAUAGAAGAUGUUUACUUACAAUUUUAACCAAAUUUAUUAAUGAAGAUGCAUUAAAUGAUGGAUACUCAUUUUCAGAUUCAGGCAUUUAUAAAUAACCUGGCGAAAUGAAUAUUGAUGGAUAUAGAAAUUUAAUAAAUAAAUUCCCAGAUUUUGAAAAACCUGAAGUUUUUGGAAUGAAUGAAAAUGCAAACAUUACUUUUAAAUUAACUGAAUCUAAAAUGGCCUUAUCUACAAUCUUAAGUAUUUAACCAAGAGAGAGUGCUCAAACCAGUGACUCAGAUCAAAAGGCAAAAACUCCAGAUGAAAAUGUGUUGGAACUUUGUGACAUUCUCGCCUAGAAACUUCCAUUUUAAAUUAAGGAAUAGGAAAAAAAGAAAAAAUAAAAUGCUCCAUAAAGCAAUUCAUCGGAAAUUGAUUCUCUCAAAGUCUGCUUGAAUUAAGAAGUUCAAAGAUUUAAUAAAUUAUUAUCAGUAAUUGGAAAUUCGAUCAAAAAUUUAUAAGCAGCUAUCAAAGGAGAAGUUGUAAUGUCAGCUGAACUUGAUAAAAUGUACAGCUCCUUGCUCAAUAAUUAAGUCCCUUAAAUUUGGGCUAACAAAGCUUAUCCUUCUUUAAAGCCUUUAGCCUCAUUCUAUGACGAUAUGAUAAAAAGAGUCAAUUUCUUCAGAGAUUGGUUUAACUUAGAAUUUGGCUAUCCAAAGGGCUAUUGGAUCUCGGCAUUCUUUUUCCCAUAAGGUUUCCUAACUUCAGUUCUCUAGACAUUUGCAAGAAAGAAUUAAAUUGCUAUUGAUGUUCUUGGAUUCAGUUUCAAAUUCUUUAAUUAUGUAGAUAGUGAAAUGAUUACAUCAACACCUGAAAAUGGAGCCUACAUUUAUGGUUUAUACGUCGAGGGUUGUAGAUUUGAUAUGAACAAAGGAAUACUUGAAGAUCAAUUACCAGGCUAAACUAUAUUCUAGGCUCCUAUAAUACAUUUCAUACCAACUUAAGACUACAAACCUAAUCCAAAUGAAUAUUCAAUGCCUCUUUAUAAAACAAGUCUUCGAGCAGGAGUAUUAUCAACAACAGGACAUUCAACUAAUUUCAUAAGAGCUAUCGAGUGCCCUACCAAGAAGAAUCCUGAUUAUUGGAUUCUAAAUGGAGCGGCAUUCACAACCCAACUAAAUGAUUGA